GCGAACUUUGAGGAACACACGUAAGUUUUUAGCUGGUCGAAGCUGGAGGGAAGUCGGAGAAAUCAAAUGUGGAACGUCAUAAAAUAUACAUCAAAUACAGAAAACUGUAGAUUUAAUACAUUUGUUAGUGUUAUAUUUUAAUUCGAUUAUAUAAAGAGAAUGAAAAAAAAAUCACGCUCUCGUACGUAUGGGUCCGAUGGAACGAAGCGGUUACUGACGCCUAAAAAUCAAACGGUGUUGGCACUAACAACCAGUAAAGACUAAGCUCUUCAGUACGGAAUAAGGACGUUUACUCAGCACUGUGCCCCUAUAAUUUUAUGCAUAAAGCUCACAAAUCCAAAUCGGCUCGUGUUAAACAAGUGGAAAAGGGAUUGUUAGAGCUCUUACGGACUGUUACAGUGUUAAGGAUCUGCUGUACCUCAGGGAAGUGAUUUCCAAUCCUAGACUGCCCUCUGCAGGAUGGAGAAAAACCUAAUUAUUAUUCACUACAACUACACCGGGAGGUUAUUCAACCUCAGUGAAAGCGCGACUGGUGCCACAAUCGCUGAGAAAGCGAUCUUUCUAUUCAUAUGCAGCUUCAUAGUCCUGGAGAACUUGAUAGUACUAGUGGCAAUAUGGAAAAACCACAAGUUCCACAACCGCAUGUUCUUCUUCAUUGCUAAUCUGGCGCUUUGUGAUCUGAUGGCUGGAGUGACCUACGCAGUAAACUUGCUGACGUCAGGGGGGAUGACCUUCCGUCUUUCCCCAUACGCAUUCUUUGUGCGGGAGGGAAGUGUCUUUGCGGCACUUUCCGCAUCUGUCUUCAGUCUGUUGGCAAUUGCAAUUGAGAGGUACAUGACAAUGAUUAAAAUGACACCUUACAAUGCCAAUAAAAGAUACAGAGUGUAUCUCUUAAUUGGGACAUGUUGGCUGAUUGCAAUUUCUUUGGGAUCCCUGCCUCUGCUUGGCUGGAACUGUCUGGACAAUCUUCCUGACUGCUCAACUAUCUUACCUCUUUACAGCAAGAAAUAUGUGGCUUUUUGCAUUAUCAUUUUUAUGAUUUUGUUGCUGUCCAUCUCUGUACUAUACGCUCGUAUAUAUGCCCUGGUCAGAUCUAGCAGCCGCAAAGUCACCAAGCACAGUAACUCAGAGCACUCCAUUAGCCUCCUGAGGACAGUCAUCAUCGUUGUCGGCAUCUUCAUCAUCUGCUGGAUGCCUCUUUACAUCCUGCUGCUAAUCGACGUGGCCUGUGAACACAAGCAGUGCCAAAUCCUUUUCAGCGCUUCCUGGUUCAUCAUCAUGGCCGCCCUCAAUUCUGCCAUGAAUCCCAUCAUCUACAUGCUAUCCAGCAGGGAGAUGCGGCAGACGUUCCUCAGCCUGAUCUGCAGUUGUCUACUUGGGACUAAGACAGGAAGUGUCCUAAAAGUAGAGCAAACCUCAGAGAACAGCAAGAGCAAGUCCAGCAGCAGCAGCAGUAGCAGCCAUGCCCAAAAGGCCGUGGUCAAAGAAUCUCUUGAUGUUGAAAGUACUGUGGAAUAGUCCAUAGCCUACAGCUGCAAAAACUGGACAGCUGGAUAUCCAAUAUUCUUUAUUAGUUUGAAUUCUGGAAUGGACAGAAUAGUCAGAUGCUUUCCUGGUGAAACAUAUACAUCAAUUGAGACCUGAUUAGAAUACUUUAGAAAGAAUGGAAAUUCAGAAUAAACUGCCUAUAAAUGUGAUGAAUACUGAAAUUUAAUAAUUUUGAAAACUAUUACAUUUCUUUAACAAUACUGUAUAAUUUAUGUAUCUAUUAUUGUCAUAAAAAUUGAAAUGUAAAUAUGUUCAGUUAGCAGUAAAAUUGACCUGCAUAUUUAAUAUUUCACAGUGUAAAACAAAGCAGCAUGAAUUAUUGUACCAUGUAAACUAUUGUAUUCAUUGUUCUUUACAUCUCUCUGAACUAUGCAUAUCAGCUUGUCCCUUAUACAUGUCAAAAACUAAAUUUUGGAAAACUAAAAAUGAUACCCCACCACAAGAAAAACAUACAAAAGCCUUUCUCUAACAGAUGAAUGAGUUCCAUUUACUUAUUUAAUAUUAAUACCGGAAGUCAUGUCACAACUGCAUUGCAAAGCAGACAUCUUUGUAUGCGAGCAUGUUAGGACAGCACAUUAAAACAAAUUUUAACAAAAUUGCAAAAACUUCACUUUGUUUGAGCAUACCCUAAAUGCAGUCUAAAUGAUGUGAAAUUUUGCACGAAGUACUUGAAUGAAGGGAUGAGUUCUGAAACUUUCAAAAGUCGAAAAAUAAGGGACACCCUAAUGCGUAUAGAUCAGAAAUGAUGUCAAUAUAAAAGGAGAUUGCUAUAUCCUUAUUAAUAUUUUCAUGUAAUACACUUUUGCUCUAUAACAACAUUAAUAAUUUAGAUUUUUAGAACAUUUAAACUGGGGCGGCACAGUGGUGCGCACUGUCGCCUGACAGCUCUGGGACCCGGGUUUGAGUCUCCGCCAGGGUUGCAUGUGUGUGGAGUUUGCAUGUUGUCGUCGUCGUGGGGUUUCUUCCAGUUUCCCCCCCACAGUCCACAAACAUGCUGGCUAAUUGGAGUUACCAGGUUUCCUGAGUGUGCCCCGUGUGGAGCUGGCACCCCAUCCUGGGUUGUUCCCUGCAUUGCACCCAUCGGCUGCAGAUGCCCCACAACCCUCAAUAGGAUAAGUGGCUACAGAAAAUGGAAGGAGGGAACAUUUAGAUUUAAAUUCCAAAUUAAAUAAAACCAAUCAAGUGAAACUAUAAAUUUCCUGAUUGUAAAACAAAUCUAAUAAAAUGUAUUAUCAUCGCUGGUGGUUCUAUUAGGAGACUUCAGUGUUCGCAUGGAAACAUUGGAGAUGCCUGGAGGACAAUAAGCCAUAGCGAUGAUCUCCUGGAUCUAAGAGAACCUGUUCAUGAAUGGUAAGAAGAAACAUGGCAGGUGGAUAAGUUUUGGUUACUGCAAUUUUGCAGGAACUGAGGAAAUUUAUGCUGAUAAAGUGGGAAGUUAAUCUAUGUUCCUGUCCUGACCUAUGGUCACAAAAAACGCAUGUCAAAAAGAAGGACCCAAAACGACAGCAAAGGCAUGUCUCAGCUACAUAUUUUCCCAAAUAUUUUCAUAGUAUAUUUCAUUAUAUUGAAUUUAAAAUAGAAUUUUUUGCUUCAGUAAUACUCAGUUAAGUCAAGCUACCUUCUGGUGAAUUUUGCAUAGAUUCUUUUCUAUGCUUAAUAACAAAGUAAGAAACCAAUAUAUCUGGAUGACAUUGUCAUUUUAAACAAUUUAAUUUCUAAUUAAAAAUAAAAGCCUUUAAAUUAUUUUUCUUAUUGUGUUUGUUUAUUGUUUGGGUGUCUUUUGAAAUCAGAAUGGCAGUUCUCAGAUUUUUUUUUUACCACAUUGUGAAAUGAAUGUGUUACAAGCCAUUCUGAUGAGCACAUGACAGAAAGGACGUAAUAAAUGUAUUAAAUAAGUUUCCACUUAUGGAAGUUUUCUGCAGUAGUGUAUGUAUACCUCAUAAAUUCAAUUUAAUUGUAUUUUAAAUAUACAAAA